CACUGCGACAACCUGAAGUGACGCAUUUAAUCGAGUAAUACACUUACAGAACAUUCCUCGGGUUUACCAAAAACAUAAAACGUCUCCAUAAAAGCGACUGCCAACAAUAUGGACAUUUGUUUUUCAAAAUCAAUCGGCCAGGAAAAGAUAUGACAGAGUCAACGGACUUUCUUCCCUUAAAAAUAAUGGCGGCUCAGCUAUCUAGGGUGUGUAGGUUGCCAUCUUGACCGGAAGUCCGGGGAGUGACAGUUCUCACUGGCGGAAGGGUUAGCCGUGAUUGUUGUAAACAUGACUGAAACCAGUGCAUGGGCUCUCCGGCUGAGAAGGCAGCUGGAAUACAACAACUUCAAUGCAGAGCAGUACGUGAAGGUCCUGUCGCAGCAGUCAGAUGGAGAUCGGGACUUACAGGAGCAUCAGCAACGUAUACAGAGCCUGGCUGAUGAGACAGCACAGAGCCUUAAGCGCAAUGUCUACCAGAAUUACCGGCAGUUUAUUGAAACCGCCCGAGAGAUCAGUUACCUGGAGGGAGAGAUGUACCAACUCAGCCACAUCCUGACUGAGCAGAAAGGCAUCAUGGAGAGCGUGGCUCAGACUCUGCUACAUACCGACCGCACCGAGGCCGCCCGAGAGCUGCAGGCAGCUUUCCAUAAGGAGGCUGAGGAGGGAAAAGUCAGGAACCUGACAACCCUGCUGGAGAAGGUGGAGGGCUGCAAGAACCUGCUUGAGACUCCAGGGAGGUACUUGGUAUAUAAUGGAGACUUGACAGAGUUUGAUGUGGACAGCAUGACCCUUAUACAGAAAGUUCAUGCAUUGAUGAACGACUGCUUACUUAUUGCUACUGCAUUACCAAAUCGCAGGGGUAUGUACAAAUAUAAUGCACUGCAUAACUUGGAUGACCUCGCUGUAGUGAAUGUAAAGGAAAAUCCACCUAUGAAAGAUAUGUUCAAGAUCCUUAUGUUUCCUGAAAGUCGGAUUUUUCAAGCAGAGAAUGCAAAAAUUAAGAAAGAGUGGCUUGAAGUUUUGGAAGAGACAAAAAAGCAAAGUUUAAAUGAUAAGCGUAAAAAAGAAGAAGCUGUCAUGGUUACCCCUGCUGUUGCAGAAGUGUCAACUAACCCAUUUUUGAAGGAGGAAAAAGCAAGAUGAGGAAGGAGGAGGAGGAGGAGGAGGAGGAAGAAGAGGUUGAUCUUUUCUUUAGAAUGGAUUCAAGAGCUCCCUGAAGAUUUGGAUGUCUGCAUAGCCCAGAGAACUUUUGAAGGGGCCGUUGAUUUGCUGGAUACAUUGAAUAGUUACUUGCAAGAUAAACUUAACCCUGCUGUGCAGGAAUUAAGAGCAAAAUCGAUAUGCGUGUUUCGACAGUUAACUGAUGUUUUGGUGUUUGAACUUUCCCCUGACAGAUCUUUAAGAGGAGGUCCAAAGGCAUACCCGUAGAGCUGUUUUCUCAGCUUAUACGUUUGGGCCAGUCUUACCAAGGCAUGUGAGCUUUUCUUAAAGAACAGAGCUGUGGCUGUGCAAACUGCUAUACGUCAGUUGAGAAUUGAAGGAGCAAUACUUUACAUUCAUAAAUUGUGUAAUGUUUUUUUUACUAGUCUACUGGAGACAGAAGAGUUUGAGAUGGACUUUGCAGGCAACAGUGGUUGUUACUCUGCCUUCAUUGUAUGGUCCCGUUCUUCCUUAAAGAUGUUUGUUGAUGCUUUUAGUAAACAGGUCUUUGAUAGUAAGGAAAGUCUUGCCACUGCAGCAGAGUGUGUAAAAGUUGCCAAAGAGCACUGUAAGCAACUUGGUGAAAUAGGUCUAGAUCUUACAUUCAUACUCCAUACAUUUCUAGUGAAAGACAUAAAGGCUGCUUUGCAGUAUAACAAGGAUAUUAUCAUUGAGGCCACCAAGCAUCGUAAUUCUGAAGAAAUGUGGAGGAAAAUGAACCUGAUGACCCAGAGGCUCUGGGAAAGUUAAAAGAAGAAAUGAAAAAACUGUGGAGUAAGCAGUUUUGACCAAUACACAGGCGAAGAUUGUUGGGUCAACCUAAGUUACAACGUUGUGGCCUUCACAAAACAAAUCAUGGCCUUAGAAGAAGCCCUUAAACUGUACUUUCCUGAGUUGCAUAUGGUUCUCCUGGAAAGUUUGAUGGAAAUUAUAUUGGUGGCUGUUCAACAUGUAGACUAUAGUCUAAGAUGUGAACAAGAAUCUGAAAAGAAAAAUUUCAUCAGACAAAACGCGUCCUUUUUAUAUGACACUGUUCUGCUUGUUGUUGAAAAGCGAUUUGAAGAGGGUGUUGGAAAACCAGCCAAACAAUUGCAGGAUCUGAGAAAUGCCUCUAGAUUGGUCCGCGUUAAUCCUGGCACUACAUCAGUGGUCUAACAAUAAAAUAAGUUCUAAACCGUGCAGUCUUUUAAUUAGCAGAGCUUAUGUUUUUCACAGGUCCCCUGAAAAGUUUAUUUUUAUUUUUUUUAUUUUAUUUUUUUGACAUUCUGAUUUUGAGCUGCCAUAUUGUCUGCUUUGUUCGAGGCGAAUAAAAUCUCUCUACUAUCCAGUACUGCUACUAGUGCUCUUAUACGUUGAUUUACCGUAUUUCAGUGAUAUUUUAAACACUCCAACUAUGUGGAAUAGGUUUUGAGACAAUCUUUUGAAUAGUUGCUAAAAUUUUCAUUUUACGUUUUUGUACUUGGCGUAUUAAACAACAAAAACUUUGAAAAAUACAGAAUAUCUGCACUUUAAAAAGUAUAUUAGUUUUGCUGUGGCUUAGAAUUAGCAAUCUAUAGCAGGCUGGCUAAAAUUUGAAACUAGCAGCCCUUACUGUAGAAGCUAGUCUACAACUGUACAUUGUAUACUUCUUAUGGUUUAUAUAUUUUAGUCUAGAUUUUGGCUAGAGGUCUAAUCAAUGGCAAACCCAAUAUUCAUUUUAGUUUGUUUGAAACUUAAUUUGCUAAAUGUUCCAUUUAGGUUCCCUUCAUCUAAAAUCAAAGCUUUAGUCAAAUGGUUAAAUGCACAGUUGGAAUACAUGUUUACUGUUCUACAUGUCAAGUGACAAGCUACAAGCCAUACAUCUCAGCCAAAUGUACACACCUUUUUCACACUGCACAGCCAGAUGGGUGAAAAGUGUAUUUUGUCAUUUAGCAAUUCAUCAUUGGUUCAGCAGUUCAACAUCUCAUGUCCCUCUCCACCACCAGCCUCCACACUGAAUCAACUUCAUCACCUAAACUGGGUAUACAUGUACCAAAAGUCGGGAGGUUUGGCAUAAUGACCUUCUGAGGCGUCUGUCAAUCAGUGUAUACAGCCAAUAGCUGCAAGCAUUGAUCUGUGUAUUCUGACCGGGGAGGCGCCCUCGCUGUGAGAAUACAAUAUAACAGUGGAAAAAGAUCCCUGCAUAAACAUCACUUGUGUUGAUGUGGUAAUCUGAGUUAUUUUUCAUUCAACCCGCAUGGAAGCUCACCUGGGAGGUGGUAAAGCUGACCCAGGAAGCAGUAAUGCUAAACUAGGAAGUAGAUUUGCAUGUGUAUUACAAGAAUACUUGGCCAAGAUUAUAAAUGCGUUUGCAGUUUAAACAGUAAACAGUGUGUUUCAGUUGUGCAUUUAGUUGAGCAGUAUUGUUUUCUAUUUUUUAUUUUAUUUUUUCAAACGG